AUGCAACAGGUGUGGAGGCAGAACCGCCUUGACCUAGGAGAGCACUUCUAUAUCAAUCAGCUGGAAGCCCUUCAGCCUAAUCUGUCAUCUGACCGAAUUGAAGAACUCGCCGACUUAUGCUACGAGAUUGGCCUCGAGCAACUCAACCAGAAACAAGCCGGCUUAGCGACGAAGUGGCUCGGAAGAGGCUGUAAGGUGCUAACAGAACAUGCAAACCAGAUGGACCAAGUGGACAUUGCUGAGCUCAGGCUCUCUCUUAUGCACUCUUAUGGUAAGGAAUACAUCGUCGGCACGUACAAAGUUGAUACUCAUGCCGUCCGCAGUCAGAGCACUGCUAGCAAGUGGCGAUGA